GAUUAAGUAGACUAAUCGUUAAAUAUAACGUGCCGACCUACUAUUCAUUAUAAGCACCUCCCUGCAGCUGCAAUAAGUAUACAGUGUAUAGUUAGGUAUACGUAAUAUACGUAUGCAUGGUUAUAUAUUGUGCAUUGGAUUACCAACUUCAAAAUGUAUGCCUCAGUAGAGAAAAUGUCUUCGUCUGUCUUCUAUUAUGGCUUCACGCCAUUUAUCUUAGCAGGAUUGAUUGCUUUCUUGCUUUCAUUUAUUCUGGUUCGAUCGGGUAAGAAGAAAUACAAGAAUCUACCUCCCCGUGGCCCUAGGGAAUGGCCGGUGUUAGGCGGCCUACCAAGUCUGGCAGGCACAGAUAUGCCACACGUUAUCAUAGCUGACAUGGCCAAGAAGUACGGACCAAUCUUCGGUAUGAAGAUGGGAUCAUUUUAUGCGGUGAUACUCAGUGACUAUUCUCUCGUCAGACAAGCCUUCGCGAAAUCAAACGAUGAAUUUAGUGACAGACCGAAGAUCACCAUGAUUGAAAAUCUUGUCCAAGGAAAAGGUUUGAUCGUGUCCUACUUUGGUCAGAUGCAGACUGAGCACCGUCGCUUCUCGCUCUCGCUCUACGAUCACUUGGUAUGGGCAAGUUUAAAAGAAGAAACUAUCGUAGAUGAAGCACGCCAGCUAGCGACGAUCUUUGCUAGUAGACAAUCAAAGCCUUUUGUACCUUUUCAUGACAUUGUCGUAAGUGUUUCCAAUAUCAUCUGUUGGUUGAGCCUCGGUAAGCGCUUUGACUAUAACGACGAGAGUUUCAAAGCCAUCCUCGCCUCUUUGUUUGAAAGCUUUGAGAUUGCGGAAGUUGCAGGACUCUUCAAUUUCCUUCCGUUCUUGAGAUUUCUACUGGGAGCGAAGCAGAACGCGAGACUCCUGGUUAAACACACUUUCACGAAAGAAAACAUGUAUCACGCCGUCGCUGAUCUGUUUGCUGCUGGGACUGAGACAACUGCUACAACCCUAAAGUGGGCCUUGAUGUACAUGCUAUUACAUAAAGAUGUUCAAGAAAAGAUACAUAAGGAACUAGAUGAUGUUGUUGGACGAAAUCUGCCAAGUCUUACAGAUACCAGUUUGCCUUACACCGAAGCUACUUUGCUUGAGAUUCAACGUUUUGCUACAAUUACACCUCUUGGCGUCCCACAUGCACCUGUCCAAGAUACUGUUCUCAAUGGAUAUGACAUCCCUGAAGGAACUGUCAUCUUACCAAACCUAUGGGCCAUUCAUCAUGACCCUGACCUAUAAAAACCUGAUGAAUUCAACCCAGACAGGUUUCUUAGCCCAGAUACCAAACAAGUUGUUCAGAGGGAGGAACUUAUUCCAUUCUCUAUCGGUCGUCGUAGAUGUCUGGGAGAACAGUUAGCCAAGGUGGAACUAUUCAUCUUCUUUACUCAUCUUCUACAUCGCUUUCAAUUCACAACACCAGAGGGCGCACCUCCCUUAACAAUGAAAGCAAGGAAUGGAGCUACGCUCAACCCAGAAGAGUUUGAGAUCUGUGCCUCACUUAUCGAUGAUGUCAUGUAGCCAUUAUAUCUUGCGUCAAUAAUUCAUUUAAUGUAAAAUAACGAGUUGGAUUAACUUCGCACCUGUGAUUAAGCCAUUCUACAUGUCGGGUGCACACUAAA